AUGGUGCCCCGCAGAGAAAUAUCAAAAGAUUUGCGGAAUUUAGUUGUAAAGUUUAGAAAUGAGAAAAAAUCGUUUGGUGAAAUAUCCAAACUUUUAAAUCUAAGUAAAUCAACGGUUCCAACUAAAUUUAAUAACUUUAAAAACACUGGUACUAUUGAAAAUAAACCUCGCAGUGGUCGUCCAAGGAAACUGAAUCGUAGAGAUAUAAGUUUUAUUAUGAAAGAAGUGGAUAAAAAUCCGAAAGUGAAUGCCACCAUGUUGGCUAAAGAGUUGGAAAUAAGGUCAGAAAAGGUUGUGCAUCCACGUACAAUUCAAAGAACAUUAAAUAAAAAUGGGUAUCACAGUAGAACUCCGCGCAAAAAAACGCUGAUAAGCACAACGUAA